CAAAACAACCUCAGUCUGACAGACCGAAAUACCACAAGCGGACGCACAGUCGUGUUUUUGCGUUUGCUCGCGCUUGGUGGAGCAAAUUUAACACACACACCACCACCGCCAGCUUCCCUGCGCAUUGCAGGAUCAGGAAAGUGUUUCGCCCUGAGGGAAACAGACGGUAACGGAACAAUUGUUGUUUAGCAGCAAACGGAGCAAUUGAUUUGGUUUUUACAAAACGCACCCCUCCUCUGUCUGUCUAUACAAGGAUUCCGGGUUUUUUAACGUGCGCUCCGUUUGUAUGUGUGCGUGUAUGUAUAGUGUUGGUGCUGCAAGUGCGUUCUAGAUGCGUUCGUGGUGAGAGUGUGUGCGUGUGUGGGUGUGUGAACGUCCUUUUUCGGUGGAAUGCAACCUAGGGCAGAGCGUCCGUAAAGCUUCAUCCCGUACGCGCGUGUGUGUGGUUGUGUGCGGGUGUGUGAUAUGGUUGUGUUUUUCCAUUCCUUUCCCACCUACGCUGCAACGUGCAAGGCUGCAAAGGGUCUGGAAAGGGGCAAAACGGUGGAAGUGGAAACGACGCAGUAAGAGUGGGAAGAGCGCGGGGAGUGCUCGGAGGUUAAGCUCACUCGGCUGCACGCUCCGGGCUUCCUUCCUGGAUCCGGAAGCGGGGAGUCUCCCUUUGGUGUACAGGGCAGCUCUAGAACCGAAGGAGGUUUACAACAAAAAACACACACAUACCCGUUUAUCCUCUACAUCCACCUACGGGGUGGCCCCGCGGAUGCAGUAUUGUUGUUGCCGUUGCUGUUAUUGUGUCGUUGUGUUUGAAGAACGUCCUGUUAGUGUGCGCGCCUGUGUAUGUGUGUGUUUGUGCCUAUGUGAAUUUCGAAGGAAAAAAGGUUAAGCAGGCGUUGAGAAGGAAAAUCCCCAAAUCGUGUCUAUUUCAUCCCAAUCCCAAAGUGAAUGUGUGUUGCGUUGCAUGUAGAAAUUGUUCCGAAAUUGUUCCGAAAAAAUUGCAAAGUUUUGGUCUGUGUGUGCGUGUGUGGGUUCGUCGUCGUACAACAUCAUUUCCAUCAGCCAUCAGCCCCGUAGCACAAGCCAUGAGAGGCGGAGCAGGCCGUUGUCAAUCAGCACAGGUCGAGAGCGGACGAGCAGCACCACGGGCGAGCUGAGAAAGCACAAUACAUACGGACAGCAACCGGCUAGAAAGGAUGGUUAUGGGUGGCCCCGCAACGCAAGCUUGCCAAAGUGACCUCCCAACGGACAUCAUCGAAACCGUUUGAGCAAGGAACCAACCAAUCAACCCACAGAGUAACGGCCACGGGCCGACAUUCAAGCGUCUGAUCAAAUGUACAGCAGAAGGCGGCAGAACCUACCCACGUCUAAGCCUUGGCGACACUCACACACACGGUGGGCUCCAAAGGCAUUAGGGUUGAGCCCACUUAAUUAAGAACGUAGAAUAGAGCUGCCGAGCAACAGCAUUCCUUCAAUCGCGCCGAUGCAUCGGCACCGAUGUGUGGUUGGUGUGGUUCAAAGUCGAAGGAAUUUUACAUCUGUGAUAUCUGUGUGAAAUGUUAAAAGUGCGUUUAUCAACAACACGUGUGUGCGGUUGCGGAAACGACGAUAUGAUGCCAUCCCGUUCGCGGAAGGCGAAUGAAUUGAUCAAAUGUCACACAGAAUUAGAAGGUUUCCCAUUUUAAUGUGUCCAGUUCCGUCGAGCGCUGGUCGGAGAGCGUACGUUGCGUAGAGAAGACCAGAUUUAGAGCAGGUUAGAGCUAAGCAAGAAGGAGCGGAAACCUUUUACAUCCUCCAAGAGGAAAUGGUGCGCGCUAAAGUUUGAAGUUUUAAACAAUGUUACUGCAGUUAUAACUACUUAAACGUCUAUCUUGUUAUUUGCGUCCAUAAACAAAAGUGUCCAACAAACACACAACGCGUCCGUAUUGGUAGUAAAGACAGCAAGCUAUAGAGAUUAGAGAGUGGUAGAAAAGGGAUAUUAUUUUCCUUCCUGUGUGGCUACCGGUGCGCGAUCGUUGCGCCCGGUAGUUGACCCGCGGAAAAAACCCCGUUCGCUAUGCCCGAUGAAGCGGCGUACCAGGUGUUCAACUAUGUGGCGGACUGCUUCAUCCACGUGCCGGUGGUGGGCCGCGCCGGCGGCGAGGACGAUACGUGCGAGCGUGUCUGCCGGGCGGUCUGCGAGCAGCUCAAGAUAAAGCCGGUCGUGUUUGCGCUGGUCGGAUUGCGGCUGCACGACGAGAAAUGGUUCCUGGCCGGCGGGAGCCGUCCGUCCACGGACAAGAAGUACGACUUUCGGUUGCGGUUCAAGGUCCCGGACCUAUCCUGCCUGAAAGCGCUCGACCAGGAGCUGUUCAACUACUACUACAGCCAGCUCCGGUACGAUCUGCUGCACAACCGCAUCCCGGAGAUCGACUACCGGAAGUACAAGAACAAAAUACUCGGCUACGUCGUGAACGACAUGUACCGGAAGAUGAUCGAGGACAAGGUUGGGCUGAGCGAGCUGAAGCGUGACUUUGAGAAGUACAUCCCGCGCAAGAUUAGCCGUGAGCAUUCGGUGUGCUUCGUGAACGUGGCCCAGAAGCGGAUAUUCGAAUCGCUCAACUCCAUCCAGAACCGAGAUCACGAUGUGAACUACGUGAAGAACGUUUACAUCAACGAUAUCGACAACAUCGCGCCGGGCUAUCUGUACGAGGAGUACGCGGCCGAAAUACAGUAUCCGCGGGGAGAGUUCAGCUCGCGCACCGGCAAAUGUCCGGUGAAGCUACGGUUUCAGCCCUACGGUACGGCGGUAUCGAGCCGCGAAACGACCAAGUACGGCUCGACGGGCGGUAGGCUGGAGCGUACGCUAGACCACGAGGAUGCGACCACGACGCCCGGCCUGAAGGUGUUUUAUGCCAGCAAGUGGCAACACGUGACGAAUAUCGACGAAAUACUCACCAUACUGGUGGAGAAGCUGACGGUGAAACUCGCGCUGGAAGACCAGUCGGAGCCAUACUGUAUAGACUUUCAUGAUCAGACUGAACUGAACUCGUUCGUAACCUGCCUAGCCGGUUACUAUAGGUUAAUGUGCAAAUGGACCGUGUAUCUGUGCCAGGACUACCUUUCCUCGCCGAUGCUCAACUUGCUGAAAGAGCUCAAGUGCCACGGUCCCAUCGGCGGAAAGUACUCCACCGACAAAAUUCGGGAAAAGAACAGCAGCUGCGGUGCAUGCAUCAUACGCCAGUGCGAGGAGCAGUACGAUACCUACUAUGUCGAUAUGCUAGAAACCGAUGGACUGAUAAAAACGUACAAGCUUAUCCACGCCGAAGAUCAGUGGCACGUGCAGCGCGACAAGGAGGAAGAGGAGGCACUGCACCGGUACAACCAGCUGACGGAGGCGCUGAAGAGCCUCAACCCGGAGAUAACGAGCGUGUACCGGUUGCCGCCAUCGGACAACGAUACCGCCCCGAACCUGCUGCUCUGCCGGCCGACGCACAAAGCCUCCCCGAAGCGGCUGCUGCGCGGCGGCACGCAGGAACUGGGCCAGAAGCGGGCCUGCAUUAUCAAUGCCGCCAAGGAGCUGGUUAUCAAUCGAAAUGCGGUGGAAGAUGAAAGCGACGGUUACACGAAGCGAACGCGGGCCGACUUUCUGCUGCCGAACAACAGCAAGAUGGAGGUUACGCUCAAGCUGCUCAAGAACGAGAAGGAGGGAGAAUAUUUGAAGGACUUUCUGCAGGUUGCGGGCCAGUGGGCAACGAUCGAUUCGAUCGAUAUCAUCAAGCUGUACGGUAUGACCGUUUGCAAACCGAUCACGAUGGUGCUCGAAUUCCCCCGGUACGGUCGGCUGGAUGAGUUUCUGCGGACGCGGCGCACCUCGGUACGGCCGACCGCACUGAUCGAGAUCGGCCAUUCGCUGGCCCGGGCCCUGUACUACCUGCAGAAGCACGGCAUUAUCCACGGCCACAUCCGGUGCUCGUCCAUGCUCGUCACGCAGUACGACGAGGGCGAGCAGCGCGUGCUGGCCAAGCUGGGCGAUCCGGGGAUGCACGGGCAGCGCCGGCUAACCAAGCACGAUCUGCUCUGGAUACCGUACGAGUAUCAGGAUCUGAGCGAGCAGAGCGUGGCCCGGCUGCGGACGGAUCCGGCCACCGAUGCGUGGGCCUGCACCUCGACGCUGUGGGAAAUCUUUAGCCGCGGCAUCAAGAUGCACGUGUACAAGCCGGCCGAGUUUCUGCCCACGCGCAAAUGGCUGCAGACGAUGCCGCCCGAGCUGAAGGACUCGAAGCAGAUCUACGAGUGUCUGAGCUGCGGCUGGCACGCCGAUCCGGACAAGCGGCUCGCACCGCAGACGGUCGUGGGGCUGCUGGUGCAUGCGCGUCAAUUAGACGGUAGCUACUGCACGGUCGGGAAUGGACACGUGAACGGUCACUCGGCGAGCAACAUGCUGAAUGGGUCUGUCUUCAAAAACAGUAUCCUGUCAAUGGAAACCAACUCCACCUUGAUUCGGUCCCGUACCGACUGCACUUCCUCGUCCUACGUGAGCAACGGAAGCGACAGUGAGCUGCGCAGCAAUGCCUCGAGCGGCAGCAGCUCGCUUCCGCUGCUCUCGAACUCGAUCAACCGUUUCAGCGGCGACUCGUACUACGAGAAAACGUUCGUCAACUGCUCGGACUACAUUCAGCUGAGCGGCAGUGAGCGCAUCUUCUUCCACAACAUGCUGGGGGAGGGCAAUUAUGGGCGCGUGUACCGGGGUACGCUCGAGCGGGACAACCAGGCGCCGCGCGACGUCGCGCUGAAAACGAUCUACGACGAUCGGCCCGACCUGGGCCGGGUGAAGGACGACUUUCGGCGCGAGGUCGAUAUAAUGAAAAACCUGCGCCACACCAACAUCGUCGAGUUUAUCUGCUUCAUCGAGGAGCUGGACAAGCUGGUGGUGGUGAUGGAGUACGUGCCGCUGGGAUCGCUGCUGGCGUACCUCGGCUACAUGCGGUACGAGCUGAAGGAGCUGGACCUGCUGUGGAUGGCGCGCGAUAUAGCAAAUGGCAUGAAUUAUCUGUGCGAGAAGAACAUCGUGCAUCGCGACCUGGCCGCCCGCAACAUCCUGGUGGAGAGCAAAAAGUGCGUCAAAAUCUCCGACUUUGGGCUGGCGCAGGUAACCGAGGGCAGCAAUUACUACGUGGCGCGGCACAGCCGCGAGCUGCCGAUCCGCUGGUACGCGCCGGAAACGCUCGAAACGCAAAAGUACUCCUCCCAGUCGGACGUGUGGUCGUUCGGCGUGACGCUGUACGAGAUGUUCACGUACGGUGCGACACCGUACUCGCACGUGGACGUCAAGAGUGCGGCCCAGUUGUAUCAACUGCUGCAACGCGAGACAAAGAUAUUACAGCUUCCGGAGGAUUUUUCGUACGUGUACGAUAAGCUGAUGGCACCGUGCUUUAAGCGGGAUCCGCACGAGCGCAUGACAUUCAGCGAGCUGCUGGAGGAGCUGAACGACAUGAUCAAUCAGUACGGUGAACCGAUCUAUUAGGUUUCGCAGACAGGCGGAUGAGAUGAAUAGAAUCUGUGAAUAAGCGCUAGCGUGCUCUUGUGUGUGCAAGGCAAGCCAUUAUAUUUAAUGUUUGAAGAAAGAGAGAAAGAGCGAGAGAAGAAAGGGCACAGAAGAUGGAAAAAGUGUAAAGUCUUAGAACUAGCUGGUAAGCGAACCCAGGCACACUACUACCACGACGGAUGGUUUGUUGGAUCUGUAUUUUAACUUAACUGUGACAUGAUUGCACAGCACUCUGCGCACAGCACACGCCAUAAAAAUGGGCAAGAUCAAGUCGCGCGCCACAUUUCCUUGUGAGCGCAACAACGGUUGUCGUGAGGAGAAGAAUCGUGUAUUCCAAAGCCUAAACCGAUUGCACGCGCGUUCGCACUAAUGCUAUGGAUAUAACUAUACUCACACACACACAUACCUUCGUCAAUUUUGAUGAUCAUUAGAUACACAGAUGCGCUAUUUGUUGUGAAGAGAAUGUAGGGAAAAACAAUGAAGCAAAACACAUACAUUCGCACUUGCUAAGAAACAAAACAGUAUGGAUAGUGUAUUGGAUGACGUUUUAGCCGUUCCUCUAUGUGCUCUCCCCCCCGUGAUGAAGAAAAAGCAGAAUUAAGUGUGAAGGAAAACAAAUUAAAAGCUGUAAGGAAAGAUAGCGCGAAGAGAGAUAGAGAGAGAGAGAGAUGAAAAACCCGAUGGCCGGCGUACAAGAAAGUAUUGUGUGAACGAAUCUUAAUGGUUGUCCUUUUUACAAAAUACUCGUGUCGUGUCCCGUGUUCUAGCGGAAUCAUAUUAGAAAUAGUCUAUUGGGAAACGUCGUCGUCGUUGGUUGCGCUUUUUAUCAAGCAAAAGUGUGUGUGUAUGUGUACAGUUUAAGAGAGAGAGAGUGUGUAUGUGUAUGUGUUAAUUAACACUAAUUACACAGUCAUACUCGUACAUACCUUUAACUUUACUAACUCGUUAUCACUUUACUCGUAGUGUGGCAAUCAGAAAACACGUGUGUGUGUGUGUGUUAGUAGUAUGCCAAUGUGCGCCUAAAAUGGGGGAAUACUAAUAACAAAGAGGGCUCUAUUAAAGGGUUAAAGCUUCCCCCCAAAUCCACACUCGCACACAUCCUGUUUAAUGAUGGGGAAAGGAACGAUGAAAUGUAUGUGCCGUGAUUAUGUAUACAUAGAUGUGGCUUAUUAGUGAAAUUUGAAACAAAAACUAGAAGAGAAAACGAAGCGAUUAAACACGCAAGAUCUACUAUGUGUGUGUGUUACAACUCUAAAUUAGUUUACAGUGCGCGGGGACCUAACUAGAGCGAAAUAUUAGUAACAGGGUUUUUGGUGUAGCUGGAAGCGCUCAGAACUUUAUCUCGAAAUCCUACGAAAGGAUGGGCGAUCGAUACAUUUUCCCACGAAAACGCGGCGAGCCACGUCAUGCUGCAACCGUGAAAAUGAUCUCUUUGAGAAGAAUUUUACUGUGCAAUAGAGAGACGCACACACAGACAGAGUCACACAACUACAUACUCUAUUUAGAACUGUGUUUUCCUACGCAUACAUUAGUUAUGACUAUUUUUAACCACAACCUCUGGUACCAAUUUUCUACACGGAGCCUUUUUCCCCACCCGAAUCUUAAACUAGCAAAAACUAGGGAAACACGGUUGGCGAGGGUGGAUGAUUGAUUUCCCUGGGUGCCGCUCCGAUCUGUUGGGGAAUUGCAAAUUUUAACGUAUGAUAAUAACGAGCGAUAUGAUUGAGAUUAUUAUUCAAGUACAACGACACACACACCCACACAUACACAACACGACCAAAACCUGCGGAUAGAGGAAAUGAAGACGCUUCCCUAAAAAGAAAAAUAUAUAGUUCAAAAAGUUUUUUCCCGACCGGAAUAUGGGGUAACUCGAGCGCCAAACGGUAUGACCGUUGUGUAGUAUGGUAGAAAAAGAAAAUGAUUCACGCCACCCCCCUAUCCCCAUGGAUGGCUUUUCGCGCCUGGAACGACUCUUCAUCUCUGGUGUGUGUAAUGAUGGAGGGAACUCUAAAAUUCCACCCAUAAAUUCUUUAUUGAAUUCUUGAGAUCUCUCUCGCUAGUAAGAGACCGGUAGCAGUUGCCGAAGAAAGGAAGAAGCUUAGCAAAAGUAAAAGAAACUUAUAUUAAAAGAAAAGGUAACGAAUAAUAAACAUAGAUCAAUUUCUCAAAGUGCCACUUAAAUUUGAAACCCGAAGACAAAGCAGCAAGCAGCAAAACACGCACGCUCACACCCCCCGCACUCACAAACUGCAUAAAUGGGAAAAAGAAGAAGAAAAGAAGAAGAAGAAGAAGAAGAAGAAGAAAGAAACAGAAGAAGAAACAAGAAGAAGAAGAAGAAGAAGAAAGUAAAAGAAGAAAGAAGACGAAGACGAAGAAGAAGAGGAAGAAGAAGAAGAAGAAGAAGUAGAAACAUUAGCAGCAAAACGUAAAACAACGAUAAAAACCCCCCCAAGCAAGAACAAAACUAAAACAAACAAAAACCCAUGACCAUUUUGUGGAAAAUCAGGAGAGAACGAGAAAAAGACACACACAACUAAGCUAAUUAGAGAGCGAGAGAACAAAACUCAAAUCCAAACCGAGUAGAGAA